UAGUCCUGUCCAUCAUUCAGGAAAAGCUCAACAAUCCCAGCCCCGACGAUCCAUUCGAGCCGCAGAUUGCCGCUGUACGCUCUUUCAUGCUCUGACUGUCGUAAGGCUGACCUCUUGCUAGCAAUUGAAGACCGAGAAAUCGGCGUUCUUGGCCACAGCCAAGGACUGGACGAAGAAGUAUGCCACGUGAACUGGCCGUCGCGCAUGAUCAUCGACCUGGAGAGAGGGAACACCGUCGACUUUCUGUAUUUUUACCUGCUUUCUUGCAAGCACGCAACAUGUAUUUCUGCCAAGCAACACACAAUGCACCUGUUCUACUCAUCGCAGCACGACGUGAAGGCGUCCCGCACGACCGUCGGGUACCCUCUCGUAGUACUGAUGUGCUUAUCGCAGCCAUCGGCCCUUCUACCCUACAGGUUCCCCCGACGACCCCGACGAGGUUGCGACUCGCAACGUUCGCCGGGGCCCGUCCCCCUCCUUGCUCUACCCGGCUCAGCAGGACCGCAACUCCCGAGCAGCAAUCAGGCAGCAAUCUCUGCAAUCCAGACCCCCAGCCGCUCUCGGGCGCUCGCUUAUUGUCUUCGCCGCUCCGCGUUGAUCAGCAAUGGAAGCCCGCAGACAAGAAGAACAAAAAGGACUAUUCACUGGGCCAUGUGCCGCGGCAUGGGAACUGUGGCGUCGACGGAAUCGUGAUCGCCAUCCCACGAGGGCGCCCACUGCAGGGGGCGGGGGCAGCGACAUCGCUGAAGCUGGAGGACACUUGGUGAGUGCAGAGGUCGCUAUAGGUACUCAUCGCUCCCACAGGACGGGCGAUGAAUGCUUCCGCGUUCCUAGAGAACAAAGGAUCGCCCAAAGGGGAAGAAUGACUUAU